GAUCAUGCUAGGAGGUACAAAAAUUGCCAACAACUUCAAGGAAAAUGAUUCUUUUCCCCUUUUUGAUACAGAAAAGAGCUGUGGCUAUGGCAAACAUAAGAAGCUAUUGCGACCACAGAAGUCAAAAACUACCUUCAACAACACUACUUUUAGUUUGCAAAGUUGUAAUAUGUUGAAUAGAUCACUUGCGGUGGCCUUUCUCCUGAGCAACAUCUACACUGCGCACUGCCGAAAACGACAAGACAUGCAGCAGGCAAGCGAUGGUUACGACUACUUCCAGCAUUAUCCGAAACAGUAUGUUGCGAAGCGAGUAGGGAGGAAGAAUGGCGGAGUCGAUAUGGCAAGAUGAAUAGAAGUGCUGCUGAGAUGUUCUUGGCCUUGAGAUCGAUGGCCCAUUUGUCCAUUGAAGAUCAUCAGAUCAUUCGUUUUCUCUCUCUAUUAAGGCUACCGCUGGAGCACCCUCAACAGGAUCCUUAGCCCUUUUUUCAAGGGGAAAAAGGGCCGAGGGAGGCUCUCAGAGAUGCACGUCGGUACCUCUAACUCUACAUCCACUCAACAUUGUACAUUCAUACAUUCAACCUCCCCAUAAACUCAACUGAACAAUCCAUCCACUGAACCUGCUCAAGCUCAUUCAUACAUUCAACCUUCUUUCUGAACAAGCUCGACGGCGACCCGGACACAAAAGAAGAAUGGAAGACUGUACCUUACUCAGAGGCCUUCGUGGAUAUCACUGGGGAACCCGAAAAUCCAAAAGGUCCAGAACCAGGUUGCGAUACAGUGAUGAAGAUGCUGUACGACGACCAAUAUUUGUACGUCGCGGCGAAGAUGCAGUACGCAGGAAGGCCGAUAAUAGCGAAGUUCGAGGAAGAGAAUGUUAUGGACAACAUAGAGACACAGGAGAGGACAACAUAGAGACACAGGGGCGCACUUUUUUACCUUUUUAAUUUCUGAGAGGUACUACGGCUACAACUGUACAACUUGUAAUUGGACGAGGAAGCUGCAUUGCACAUGCACUACUACUUGCAUUGUUGUACUUCGUCACAACGAACUCCACAUCGUACUACUACUACUUGCAUUGUUGUACUUCGUCACAACGAACUCCACAUCGUACUACUACAACUUGCAUUGUUGUACUACGUCUACGUCACGACAACGAGAGAACGACGAGAGGAGGACUCAACAGACUGCCUAAUCAUAACCACUUCUUCUAAGCAUAACCCAAUCUACCAGAAAGAUUCGGAUUUCGAAGUUUUUGUGGACAUGCAUGGAACCUGCCACGCGUACAAGGAACUAGAGCUGAAUGCCUGGAAUGUCACAUGGAACUUGAUGCUUAUGACACCUGUUUUAGAGAAUGUCACAUGGAACUUGAUGCUUAUGACACAACUUUUAGAAGUAGAAGUACUUAAUCUACUACUUUGCUCACAUGGAAGAAGAGAUGAACAAGGAAUCUGCUCUGCUCACAUGGAAGAGAGAUGAGCCAGAUCUUGUCCUCUGAUGACCAUGACUUGUAGGAGAGAGAAUAUUGCACUCGAGAGGAUAUUGCACUUUCAUUUAGGUCAAUCGCCCUUACGCAGAUGGUGGGGCAGAAUUUUCAGGACGUGUGACAGAGCCGCGGAAUAACAAGACGCAUCCAAAGUACUGGGGUCCGGAAAAGCAAAGAACUUUCACCAAGCUCAGGAAAGGCCAAGUCAAUGGGAAUGCGAGUGAUGUUGCGGAAUAUACCACGGAGAUAGCACUUUCGUGGGCUGAUCUCCUUGAUCGAACACCACAAGGAGGAGGUGCUUCAGGAGUUGUAGUUGCUCAGGACAGUUGUAACAAUAUUGAAGGCUCGACGAGCACGACUACGACACCAGCAGGCACUACUAGUACAAAGCAAGAAUCAUCUUCUUCACAACUGCCACGUUGGAUUCGCAUCAAUUUCUCGCGUGUAGAGGAUCAAGGCGAUAAAAACUGGGUGUGGAGUCCUAUGAUUACGUACGAUGCAAGUAAACGUGAUUUUCGCGGUUUCGUAGACAUGCAUAGACCUGAAGCGUGGGGUUAUGUUUACCUUGAUGAUGCAACGAGUAGUGCAGAGGGCGAUGCGGAUCAUGCAGAGAGCGUGCAGAAUAGUACAUCAGGAUCAUCCACCUCUCCUGUAGCGCAAGGUCCACCUCAAGACCCUUCUUUCCCAGUUCGUUUAGUAGCAGCGCAUUUGUACUACGCACAGCGAGCAUAUAAAGACGCAAGAAAUGGCACUCAUUUCGCGACCUCUUUGUCCGAGUUACGGCCAUAUACGCAUCCUGACGAUGCAUUUCUGGAACCGUUUGAAAUUGAAAUAUUAAGUAGUCUUAGUGGUAGUUUCACGGUGAAAGUAACAGACUUGAAUCGAGGGUGGAAGGCGAGCAUUGACGAAAGUCGUCUCAUGCUUGUGGAGAGUAUACGAAGUGAAUUCACGUGUUAGAUCUAAGGAUGAAUGGAACUCGUAAAAUGGGAAUUUUGGAAUUUCAAACAAAUCCGAAUUAUGACACAGUGGGCAUGAUUGUUGAGUGUUCCGAAAUAAAACCUGUGCUGUUGAAAUGAAGCAGGUACUUAAGUAGGUAAUGUGAUUUCGCUCUUUGGAUGUCGUGACUUUCUUCCAAGAUGUUGGAAUGUACUCCUGAACUGUUCUUGACCUGAUCGAAGUCCCUCUCUUCUUUGAGAAUGCUUGUAGUUCCAAUGGUGGUUUCAAUCUCUGCGAAUGGUAAUCUUUGUUGCCAGGAGAACUAAACUUCUAGUUGUUGUUGAUCAAGGGAACAAAAAUCGAAAGCCUCAGGGCACUUAUCUUCGGACAAUUAAGUACUGAGAAUUAAAAUCAAAUCAAGCGAACAACAACAAGAAGAGGAGUCACAAAUACUUCAU